AUGGGCAGUCUGAUUAGCAAAGUGAAGAUAUGCCUUUCUGCAUGGUAUCCUGUGAGGGCUCGUGUUCUCCUCCUUGGUCUUGAUCACUCUGGCAAAACCACCACCCUUUAUCAACUAAAGCUGAAGGAGAAAGUUGCCACUAUCUCAACUGUUGGAUUUAAUGUGGAGACUCUGGACCCUAUCAAUGGAGUUUCUUUCACCGUGUGGGAUGUUAGCCUAAAUGCUGAAACAUGGCCUUUCUACAAGCAUUAUUUUGCAAAUACACAAGGUAUGAUGUUUGUGGUGGACUGCAAGGAUGGAGAAAGACACAGAGAUGCCAAACAACUUUUGCAUAUGGUCUUAGGAGAGACUGACAUGGAAGGUGUCCCAUUUAUUAUACUUGCCAACAAGCAAGAUCUGCAAAAUACAAAACAACCAUCUGACCUGGCAAUGGAAUUGGAACCGGAUAAGUGGACUGGAAAUGCCUGGGAAAUAUUUGGAUGUUCUGCCAUUUCUGGUGAUGGACUACAGGAAGCCUUAAGUACACUCUCUGUUAUGAUUAAGAAACGUGGAAUUACUAUGUCCUAA